CAUCACCCGCAGAUCCUUUUUUCCUGCGGUUCAUUGUUUGUUUGAUACUCGAGCGAUUUUGCUCUUCGCCGAAAUGGCCGUGUGAUCUGCAGCCUGUAGACAGCGCCCAAACUCCUCAGUGCAUCAACAUAGUGCACUGGCUCAGUACAUUUAUUGCAAAAUGGCGUCCCUUGUGGCAACUCUGACCUUUGCUGUACCUGACAGCACGAAACUAUUUGAAUUCUCAGUAGAAGAUUCUCUGAUUCCGCUUGAAAUAGACAGCCAUGUCUUUGAUGAGCUCACGGUUUGGCCCGGACGAUAUGGAAGCCCUUCUUUGGGACCCAUCAUCACCGAUGGCUGACCCUCUGGGGUCCUUCCUAGAUAAAGAUGAGGAGGUUCUUCCCCUCGGAGGUGCUGAAUCACCCCUCUCAUCUUACUCUUCCUCUCCACUUCCCUCUCUCUCCCCACCCUGCACUCCUCCCUCCCCUCAGAGGGGGGAGAAGGCUGGGCUCAAUCAGCUGUCCCUGUCCUGGUUCUCCUCAGAUGAGAUGUGCCUAGAUAAUAGUGGCACAGACAGUGGUAAUGAUCAUUCGUUCAGCGAAAUGGAUUGGAUGACGGAGCGAAUUGAUCUGAGUGAGUUUGAUCUGGAGUCUUUAAUCGGCUCCUAUGAUUCUGAGGAUCCACCCAGUUCUCCUGAGGAGCUUAUUGCUUCUCUAGAGUCACAGAUAGACCUGGAGUCCCAGCCUGUAGCUUCUGACAGUGCCCCUUCGCCCUCUCCCCCAAUUUCUGUCCCUGAAAUCGAUCAACUUUCCAACCUUACAUUCACUUUGAAUACUCCACUGAUUCCCUCAACACCCUGUGAAGUGUCAGAUUCCUCCGCCGUAGUCCCUGAACCCCAGGCUGAGCUCGAGAUCAAGUCUGAGCCGGCCUCCCCCGUCCCGUCACCUUCCAUCCUUCCACCUGAAUCCCCUACUGACACUCUUGAGCUUGGUUGCGAGGUUGACAUAGCUGAAGUUCAGAGUCCAACCCCCGUUGAAAUGCGGGUACCCAAAAUUGUCCUUUCCCUCUCCCCAACCCGCAUCGUUCUUGUCCUUGCUCCCAAAGAGGAGGCUAAUGUGAUGGCGACCCAUCCAAAUGAGGUGGUUGUGUCUGAUUCCCCAAGUCCAUCCUCCCCCGAACCACAAACCCCAGCCUCUCCCCAGCCUCGAUCUCACAGGGUGAAGCCGUAUACUUCACCUGAGUCUAAGCCCACCCAAAAUCACCAGUCAGAGUCGACUUCCCUCACAGGAAGAGUGAAGACAACCAGUGGUGCAAAGGUUGUGGUCGAGAAGAAGAAGCUGAAGAAAAUGGAGCAGAACAAGACUGCGGCGACGCGCUACAGACAGAAGAAGCGUGCAGAGCAAGAAGCCCUCCUGUCAGAGUGUGUAGUUCUAGAGGAGAGAAACCAAGAGCUGGUGGAAAAAGCAGAAUCACUUACAAAGGAGAUUCAGUAUCUGAAAGAGCUCAUGGAUGAAGUCAAGAGGGCAAGAGAGAGUAGGAGUAUUAAGUCAUAGAAAGAAAUGGACACAGAGGCUUGAAGCUGAGAGAAAUGGACGGUUUCAGCAUAGCCUGAGGUGCUAGGAAUGUUGGUCCUAAAAGAAAGUAUUUCUUGAAGAGUUGAAUAAAUGACUGAUUUGAUUCUUCCCCAGUGUCUUUGUAGAAGCAGCUUCCUUUUAGCAUGUCAGCUAUCUAUAAAGCUUGAUAUACUUUUACGAGUGUUUUUUUAUAUUAUGUAUCUCAUUGUAUGCACAGUAUUAUAUAUAUAGUGCAUUGUGUAUUGUUGAUUAUGACAUUUCCUAAUUGAAAUUGUGUUGCAUAAAUGCUCAAUAUUUCAACUUUCCUACUGUCUAGAAAUAAUAUAGUGUGCACUGAUUGUGUAUGGGCCUUUCAUUGCUUAACUAUCUUAAAUGUUAUUUGUGUAAUAAACAAUUUAAAAGA